GAAGAGUGGAGCUAGUGUCGUACAGUUCACAACUAUGUUGGCGAGCAAGACGAGAGGGAAAGGUUUUUAGCGCGCCAUGCGAUUAACAAACGUUGCAGCAUUUUUACAUCCGAAGAAAACGAGAAGAGCUCGACGAGGAUGAAGUUUAAUUCAACUUCUCGUUAUCCGAUUCGGUAGCUAUGAAAUCUCAUCGAUACGUUUUGUGUUAUACUACCGUUUCUCCCUUCUACUUGUUCCGCGUUAUCGAUUGUUACGAACACGCCGACUGAUAAUGCGUUAAAUGUGUGCACUUCCUUUAAAACGAAAUCACAUAUCCUCGCAUCUAUUUACCGGAAAGAAUCGAAUAUCACGAUAGAAUUAUGGAUACCGUAUAAAAUUAACGUGCGCUUGGAUACUCUGCGGCAUGGAGGUAUGAUAGACAGAAAAAUAUCUAUCCUAACAUAUCAGCAUGGAGGUAGAAGACUGAAAGCUUGAUAAUAGAAUGGAAUCCAGGAUGCCAGUGAAAUACGACGAUUCUUAAGUUCAGGAUGGAACUUAGAAAAGGGCCUUGGUCGAAAAAAAUCCUGGUUCCAGCUUGUUUUCUGGUAAUUCUCAUCUGGAUCUUUUUAAUCGACAAUUCCUUACUACUCGACAACCUGCCUGGUAAAGCAACCUUCCAAAAACCGAGAAAUUUCGUUCCACUCGCGCACGACCCGAAUCUGGAUCGUCUAACGAUCAAGAAAUCCUCUCUGAUAAGCGAUGUCGAAUCGAAACACACGAAAGUAUCGAAGCUUCAAAUGGUGUCGCUUUGGACAGGCAACAACAGCGUUAAAGGGAACGCAGGAUCCUUGCGAAAGUAUCAGAUCUUGAGACAGCAAGGUUUAAUGCCGAGUAAACAAUUACCCACAGCUUUGAUAAUUGGAGUUAAAAAAGGCGGGACUAGAGCUCUGUUAGAAUUUUUGAGAUUGCAUCCUGCUAUUCGCGCAGCUGGAUCCGAAGUUCACUUUUUUGAUCAUCAUUACAUCAAGGGGUUUCAUUGGUAUAGGCAUAGGAUGCCUCCGACAUUGUCCACUCAAAUCACGAUGGAGAAAACCCCGUCGUAUUUCGUGACGAGCGAAGUACCGAGAAGAGUUCAACGCAUGAAUCUUGCGAUGAAAUUGAUUCUCGUAGUAAGGGAUCCAGUUACUCGAGCGAUAUCCGAUUAUACCCAAGUGAAGAGUAAACGAGCCAACAUGCCAAAGUUCGAGGAUCUAGCGUUUCUUAAUGGAUCGAAAAUCGUGGACACAACGUGGGUCCCAUUGAAGAUCGGAGUGUACGCGCGACAUUUAGAGAGAUGGCUUCAGUACUUCCCAUUGUCACAAUUUUUAUUCGUCUCUGGAGAAAGAUUGAUCGUGGAUCCAGUCGCUGAGAUUACCAGGGUUCAGGACUUUUUAGGCCUAAAAAGAGUUAUCUGCGAGAAACAUUUUUAUUUCAAUGCCACGAAGGGGUUCCCCUGUCUGCUCAAAUCUGAGGAACGUCCUACACCCCAUUGCCUUGGUAAGAACAAGGGUCGUAGUCAUCCUUACAUAGAUCCUGUAGCCAUACAACGAUUGAGAGAUUUUUAUCGUCCAUUUAAUCAACGUUUCUACCAAUUGACCGGAAUGGAUUUCGGCUGGUUGUGAGAAUAAAUGCGAUAAGCGAAUACAUAUCGAAGCUAGUCAAGUAAAAGAACAUAGUCAAUUUUUACUGAGAUACGACACGCGCGCAUGCGGACACCAUUAGUUUGCACUAGUUAGUAAAUAAUUAGUAAAAGAACCAGAUAAUACUCUUCGGUUAGUUUACAUUCUUUUUUACUCUAAACCAGAAUAUUUUUUUAUGUACUGCAUAAACGUGGAAAAAGAAGAAGGGCAUAUCCAUGGUUUCAAUGUGUUGACAAUACACAGAAAGAGAAUUCCUGUUCUUGUUCGUGAUAUUAACUUUUAGACACGCGUAUAGAUUUAUAGUGGCAGCAGAAUGUUAUCAAUCGUAUGUAUCAUUUUUCGCAUACAUAUAUUCCACUAUAUUUUUUACAGGACAUUACAAAAGAAAAAAAAGAAUGGUAUAUUCGAAUUUUAAACGAUAAACGGCCAUACGCGUUACUAUUUUAUUUAUUAGAUCUAUUAUUUAUUACAAUAGAAUCUUUAGAAAUGUUUAUUACAUAUUAAAAUGUUGAUUUGUUAAUUCCAUCUUCCAUUAAAGUAGCUGUGCAGAAUGGAAAAUGUUCGAAUAUAUAUUAAAAUACGUAGUUACUGUUAUUGAUUGUAUAGAGUUCUGUUUAGAAUUAAGAAUUGUUUGCACAUUUUGUUGAAUUUUUGAUCUUCCAAUGUAUCAAGCACGGAAUCUACGUAAUCUACGUAAUUCUAAUGAUAUUUACCUAGUAUAUGUAUCCUUAUGUUUAAGCAAGAAAGCGAUGAAUAUUUUCUGAAUAAUUUAGUUGAAUUGUAUCACAAUGUCUUUAAAUUAUAAGAAACGCUAUAACAGUGUAGAAGUUGUCGUAGAUGCGGAAA